AGGCUUACAGUUUUAACGGCUAUGGACACCGUCGACGAGAUUCUUGAAGCCCUCUUUAUUGGCAUUGCAGUAGCAUCGUUUCUGCUUCAAACAUGUCAUUACACUAAAGCCAUUAAACUGUUCAGUGAAUGCUUGGUUGUUCUGCAAAAGAAUUCUUCAAAGUUAAAGAAGAACAGAUUGGACAACUUUAACGCUCUGAUCUACCGCAAUCUGUUUAAAAUUUUCUUUCUAGUUGGCGACUACGAGAAUGCCAUCCACAACGGCGAGAAGGCAUUUCCUCUAUACGAACAGAUUGGUGAUUUUGAAGGUGCAGCCGGUUUGCUCGAGAAAAUCGGUGACGUGUAUAGGCUUACUGGCGAGCAUGUUAAAGCCAAAGAAAGAUACGAGAAAGCAUUCACAUUCCACUCGAGAGUGAUGCUCCUCUCUAGCUUUUUUGACGUGUUGGCUAUCAACCGAGGAGAACAUCUAAACAAAAUGCUGGUAUUGACAACCAAAACUGGUAACAAGGAAAUGGAAGGAGCGCUUCUUACCCAACUUGGUGAUUUGUUGUUAUCUCGUUUCGAAUACGCUAAAGCUAAGGACUGUUUUCAAAGGGCGCUCGCAACCUGGAAAGAAAAAGGUAAAAGAAAGGAAGAAGGAAGAGCACUUUGCUGUCUCGGUAAACUCUACAAGAAAACCGAAGAAUACCAACAGGCAAAACAACAUUAUGAAGAAGCAAUGGCAAUCUUUGAAGAGGCCGGUGAAAUAAAAGACCUUGGAGAGGCCUGUGGCGAGCUUGGAAAAGUGUACAACAGUCUUCGUGAAUUUCAAAAGGCAAAGACAUUGCAACAGAGGGCACUCAAAGAAAGUGUGAGAAACGGGAACAAACGGGGAGAAAGCAUAGAUUACGGAAUCCUCGCUGAUGCUCAUAUUUCGCUAGGGGAAUUUCGAGAGGCAAAAGAAUGUUACCAAAAGGCACUCACUAUUAGUAAAGAACAAGGUGAUAGAAAAGGAGAAGCGUUUGUAUACAGUGAUCUAGGGUGUUUUUAUCGCGCUCAGAACGACUUGAAACAGGCUGAAAAAGUUUGCAAAAAGGCGUGCGAAAUCUACAGAGAAAUAGGUGCCAUAAAACACGAAGGAUCCGAAAAUAGCGAACUUGGUGACCUUUAUUGUCUUCUUGGCAAGUACAACGAAGCGAGAAAAUGUUAUGAACGGGCACUUGCUAUCAAAAAAGAAACUGGCGAUAGACAAGGGGAAGGGGCAGCAUAUUGUAACCUUGGUACUUUGUAUCAAUCUCUCGGUGACUAUGGUAAAGCAAAAGAAUGUCAUCAACAAGCACUUGCUAUCUCCUUAGAAACAAAUCACCUAAGAGGGCAAGGAGUAGAUUAUGGCAAUCUCGGAAUUGUUUUUCAACAUCUUGGAGAUUAUGACAAGGGAUUCGAGCACCACAAGAAAGCACUGGAGAUUAGGAUUCGAACUGGUCACAAAGAAGGAUUGCCUACAGCAUACAGUCACCUGGGAGUUGUUUGUGUGCAUCAUGGGGAAUAUGCGAAGGCCAAUAAAUUUUUCAAAAAAGCUUUCACUGUCACUAAAGAAAUUGGCGACAGAAGGGUUGAAGCAAAUGUCCUGGGCAAUUUGGCAUCUUUAGAACAAACUAUUGGCGAACAUGAAAAAGCGAUAGAGCACUACAGAGAGGCGCUCCAAAUCACCAAAGAAGUCAACGAUAUAAGGCAAGAAGGGGUAAUAAAUAGUAACCUUGGAACUGUUUAUCAAUCUCUUGGUGACUUAACUACGGCCAAGAAGUAUUUAGAAAAGUCAUUGGCAAUCACAAAGCUAAUUGGAAGCAAAGAUGGAGAAGGUACUGUUCUCGGUAACCUCGGAGCUGUGCAAGCUUCACUGGGUGAAAAUACUGAGGCGAGGAAAUGCUUCGAACAGGCUUUUGAAUUCUCAAAAGAAACUGUUGACAAAGAGGGUGAAAUGACCAUAAAUCAAAACUUAGGAAUGUUGCACUUGUCUCAAAAUAAAUUUCAGGAAGCAUUAAGUUGUUUUAAAAGAGCACUUGAGAUCUGUGAACAAAUGGGAGACGUGAGAGCGAAAAGUAUGAACUAUUGUAACAUAGCAGUGACAUAUUUUCGUUAUCAAGAUAUACCAACAGCUCAGUCGUAUCUCUCAAAAAGCAUCACUUGCCUUGAAGAGAUGCGAAUCUCAGUUGGAGAGAGCGAAUAUUACAAGAUAGGGUUUGCUGACGAAAAUACUGGUCCUUAUCGAUUAAUGGNCUGUCAUAUCUCUCAAAAAGCAUCAAGUGCCUUGAAGAGAUGCGAAUAUCAGUUGGAGAGAGCGAAUAUUACAAGAUAG